AACAUUACAAAAAUCACCUUGCCGAAGUUGCCAUUGUUGAGUCAGAGAGUCAUAAAUGUGUCCUUAGCUGUUCGAUCUAGAGGUUGACCGACUGAUCGGACUUAUUUGUUGGCACCAAUACCGAUUGUUGGAACUAUCGGUUAUCAGCAAUAAUCAACACCUAUAGCUUUUACCGGUUGCGUCCGUUGUGGGAGCGGUUGAGAAGGGUCCGCUGUCAUUAUACAGUACGAGAGCGGCCUCUAGAGGCGAAAUAAAAACUAUCGAUGACCAAGUUUGUCGUGUUAUUUGAAGUGUUUUUUUUUUUUUUUAAAUUCAUUUUGGAUGUCUCUAUUUUUAUUUGUUAUUUGGCGUGUUAGUUUUUGGUUCAGUUUGGAUGUAUAUAUUUUAUUUACUUUAAGAUUUAUUAAUAGGUGAUAUAUAUUAAUAUUUUUUUAUAUUUUUAUAAAAUGUAUUUAUUUCAUUUAAAAAAAGUACAGUACAUUUUCAUGCUACAUUUCUUGCUACAAUUUUUGUAAUAAAGUUCAGCAAUAUUGUACUUUGAGUGUUAUGUUUUCAUUCAGGAUCGGUUUAAAAAACUAUCGGCAGAUUAAUCGGUUAUCGGCAGGUAGGUACUGUCCAACUCGGUUAUCGGUAUCGGUAAAAUCCACUAUCGGACAACCUGUAGUUCGAACGCGCGCGUUUUAUUCCAUUUCCCAACUGUAACUUGGUUAAGAAGGAAAUGUCUUGAGUUUAAUCACGUUAAAUUUUUUUCAAUUUCGAUUUUUUGUCAAGUAAAUUUUUGUCAAGUUUCGAUUUUUUGUCAAUUUUUUGUCAAGUUUAGCCUGGGCUGUGAGGUAAGCUAAACACUAUUAGCUUUUUUAAAAGGGGGGGAGCCAUUCAAUAUGUCCCGCCCUGACUUUACGUCAACACACUGAAUAAUGCUGCAUAUUACAAGGCAGUUCACAGGGACUUUUACGAACAUGGCCAGGAGCUUCAUAUCUGACCGCUCACUUGAUUUGAGGUAAAAACCUGGCAAGCUUUCUAAAAACAACAACAAUGAUGCACCUCCUAUUCGUAUCCAUAUUUGUAUCCAUUUAGGACACAUUAUCUGCGAAUGAACGAAUGAAUGAGUAGAAACUUUUUUGGUCAAUAAUAUAACUUCAACACCCACCGAACUUUUAUCUGAAGCCUUUGUGACAGAACAAAACUGUGGCGCAUUAGAGGACUCAGCUGAGGUCUGCCAUAUGCAGUUUGCAAAAACCAAUAUAGAGAUACAGAUUAACAAUCAAUAUAUCAUGCAACUGUUCAUCUGUGUUUUUCUCUCUCUUUUCCCUGGAUGCUUUUUUUGGCGGCUCAUCUGUGCUUUAUGAGGCUCAUGCCCUGCUCUCUGGCAGAAUAUUCUCUCCCUCCGUCUUUUUCUUUGGCAUCUGGUUACUGUGCCCACAUGAUGCCCGUGUGAUGUCCGUUCAGUGGCACUGGGCCCUCUCCACAUGCAUAAUGGAUGGGCUACAUAAGCUCUCUUCACACUUGCCUUCUCCCUGCCAAGAGUUGGGCUGGCGAAACGCAAACAGGCAAGCAAUGUGUUCAGAAAGCCAAUCAUAAACCACACACACACACACACACACACACACUGUCAUUGCUCCCAUGUAUCUUUUUAACAAGCUAUGCCCUGGCUGUCGUCUGUCCUGCAGCUUAUUCAUGCUGUCAUAUACAGUAAGAAGAACUUAAAGGAGCAAUAUGUAAUUUUUAGAGCAUGCAGUUCUGUUUUAUGAGGUGGUGGAGGACCUGAAAUGUAAAUCAGAGCUUGAUAUGAAGAAACUAGGGAGUUCCAUUACAUUGAAAUUUUGAAAAUUCAGUGAUUACUACAGGUCUAGGAACACCUUUAAACUUUAUAAAUGGCACCUUUAAAGCUGCAGGCUAUGGUUUUUUUUGUUGUUGUUGUUGAUUUGGGGUUUGUUUGCUUUUUGGCUGCAGGGCUUGUGUGAUGAGACAAAAAAAUUAUACGUUUAAAAAGAACCUGUAAAAGGCAGCAUGACCACCCACAAAGAGAGAGAGAGGGAGAGAGAGAGUUUUUUUUUUUUUUUUUCUUGAGCAGAGGCGAAGAAGGAAAAUGCAGAAAAACUGUGUGUGAAGUGUGUGAGUGCCAGAUAGAAGGAAAACGGGAAAGACAAAGAGAGAGGGAAGGAAAGGGACGCAAAGCUCAUUAACAUUCAGCAUGUGCCACUACCCGGGCCACCUGAUUGCUAUUCUAUAUUUGAUUAAAAAAGUGAAACUUUUUGUACUUUCAACACACAUUUACAUUCAUCUUUCCCCUUCCUCCUGGUCAUAAAGGACAUGCAGGAAGUCUAAUAAACCCUGGUGUUUUUCAUUUUUCAUCAGGACUCUGAGUGUGCCUCAUCAGUUAAGUGUGUGUGUUUGUGUGUGUGUGUGUGUGUGUGGGAAGGCACUCGCGUUUCAUAAUGCCCUUACUACUGACGAAUGUCACAGGUCGCCUCUGCUGAAAGAGGCUCUCGCUUUUCAGUCUUAUCUGCCCGGGUGAGUGUGUGUGUGAGCGUGUAAUGAUAUGCUUGUGGAGAUGGCAGCGAAAGAAGGUUGGCUGUGUUCACGCUGAUGAUGAGAGAUUGGUGGAAGGUCAGGGUGCUAGUUUAUAAAUUAUCAACACAGGCUUAGAUGGGGAAAGCAAACGAGAGAGAAAGAGAGAGAGAGAGAGAAUCUUUUGGUGGAAUCUUUUUUUAAUGAAUGUCUUUUGUGUGACCCUCAAACAGCCAAUAAAGCUUCAUUUCGGAUUCAGAUCACAGCGGUGUUUCCAGUAUCUUACAGUAUACUCUCUCUUUUUUUUUUCCCUCAGGAUGGGGUGUGUGUGUGGUCCCAGUGGGCUGCAGGCUCUCGUAGUGCUCCUGUAUCUCUCCACUGGAUGUGGUCUGAUUGAAGCAGAAACUCUCGUUACUGUGCGCAAAGUAACGCACCUCGCAGUGCAAGAGCCUCUCGCAGGCUCCGCCCUCCUUCCCUGCGUCCACACCCUGCCACUCGGCUCCUCCCACCAAGGUGGGACUCCGCAUGUGCGAUGGAGCCGUCUUCAGGGUGACACAGAGACCACUGUGCUCACACUCGAGAACAGGGAAGUUCGCGUACAGCGGGCGUAUGAAGGACGGGUCAGUCUGCCCGGGUACCACUCGAACAGUCUAAAUGUCUCGCUGGCUCUCUCCCAGCUCCGCACCAACGACUCUGGGACCUUUGUCUGCCACGUGACUCUUGGGGAUACUUACGAGCAGGACACCGUCACACUGGAGGUUACAGGGGUCGUGUUUCAUUACCGCACACUGGCCGAACCCUACUCUCUAUCGUUUGUGGACGCUGAGCGUGCGUGUGAGCAGAACUCUGCUCAGGUAGCGUCUGCAGAACAACUCUGGGCCGCUUUCCACUCAGGCAUGGACGAGUGCUCGGCCGGGUGGCUCAGCGAUCAGACCGUCAGGUACCCGAUUCAGAAACCAGAGCUGGGCUGCUACGGACACAGCGAAAACGUGCGAGGGGUGAGGAAUUAUGGGAAGCGAGACGCCUCCGAGCUGUUUGACGUGUACUGCUUCGCCAGCGUCAUGCAAGGUGAAGUGUUCCUGCUCUCGGCUCCAGGGAAUCUCACUCUGGCCGACGCCGUGGCUCAGUGCGCUGUUCUGGGCGCUCGGCUGGCCACAGUGGGUCAGCUCCAUCUGGCAUGGCGCUCCGGCCUGGAGCACUGUGAACCCGGGUGGCUUGCAGAUGGCAGUGUGAGGUACUUGGUGAUUAAACCCCGUCCUGAGUGUAGGAGCAGCGACCCAGGGGUCCACACUGACUCAUCCACAGAGCUCACCAAUGGGACUGCUACGUUCCAUGCAUACUGCUACAAAGAAACACAGCGUUCCUCUACUGAGCCACCUGCCCCCCAGCCAUCAAACUGGACCGGUCAAGUGGAUCUGGACACUAAGCCCAUUAUGGUCAGCGAAUCCGUCUCUGAUGAUUAUAUUAUGGCGCGUCUCUGCGUACAGGAUGGCUCCCUGGACUGGGCUGAUGAUGAAGAUUCCCCCCAAAAUACCUGGCAGGAUGUCUCUACCCAACAAUCUGUCAUCACAACUGAGAGGCCCAGAGAGGAAAAUAAUGGCGAAGAAGUUACAACAGUGCCCUUGCCAACACCAACUACAGCUCAGAUUAAAGACUCCUUCAGAAACGUCAUGAGCUCCUGGUGGAAACCCUGGAACUAUCUGACAGGAAACAAUGAGGAGAAGAAGGACACCACUCCAAGUCCUCUUACCACAGUGCCAGGUGUGAUAAGCACUACAGUCCUCGAAGUGUCUUCGAGCACAAAGUCUACCGCUUCUCCAGUAUCAGGACCGAUGUCAUGGUGGUCACGUUCAUGGUUCAACCAGUUUUCCUCAACUGGAGAUAAAAUGACUGUUUCUCCUCAGCUCGAGAACACAGAAGCCUCAACGGCAGUCCCAGUCAAGACCACCAGAGAAGACCUGGACCAAAGCAUGAACACAGCCACAGGACAUUGGGCAGUGGUGACCGAGAUAAUCCAGCUUGGAAGCAUGACACCUGACAUGGAGAAGGAGGCUGUGCCCUCUGUAGUUUCGCUCAAGGAAGAACAACAAGAACAAGAACAAGAAGAAGACAAGGAGAAAAGCAUUGGGGUAUCGCAAGAGGAAUUUGGAGAAAGGAGGACAGAGGCAGAGGGUAGCUCCUGGGGGGAUGUGGAGCUAUCAGAAAGUACCACCAAAGCCCUAACACCAGGGCAAGUCCUAACUAGUACGUUUCCUAGCAUUAAAGAGACUGUAGCUGGCGUGGGGUCUGGUGGGAGUAAUGAAGAGAGUGCUACAACUACACAGCAAGUGGAAGAGAUAACAGCCGCUGAGGCUCGAGGAGAGAUCCAGUAUGAGCCCAGGACCAUAGCAAGCCAACCUGACCAAAAAAUAAGCACCGUGUUUGUCUCUACGACCUCGGCUGGUUCUGAAACGGAUGAAGGAGCCCAGACCACCUUGAUUCCUGAUCUUCCCACUUCGACUUCUCAAAGCCUGACAGAAAGAGGAGUCAUCUCUCCCACGGCUUCCGAUGAGUACCAUCUGUCAAUCUUUGGUACCCUGUUGCCUGGCAACCCAGAGAGCGGCCUUGGCAACUCCGAUUCCAGCAGGAACAAUGGAUCUGAAGCGACCCAUUUCUUCUUUAUUGCUGUGAGCUGGUUCAGUAGCGCCGGGUCAUGUCUGGGAGACAGUGCUCUUAAUGACCAAUGUGUGUGUGUGUGUGUGGGUUUUGUCUCUACAGCUCUGGACAGAUGCAGUUGCUUGCAUGGAGGGACGUGUCUCCCCCAUGACGAGGGCUUCCAGUGUUUCUGCCCACAGGGAUACACAGGCGAGAGCUGUGAGAUCGAUGUAGAUGACUGUCUGUCCAACCCAUGUGAGAAUGGAGGAACCUGCAUCGAUAAGGUGGACUCCUUCAUUUGCUUGUGUUUGCCCAGCUACAGUGGAGACAUGUGUGAGAAAGACACUGAAGGUUGUGACCACGGCUGGAAGAAGUUCCACGGUCACUGCUACAAGCUCUUCACCCGCCGGCACACCUGGGAGGAUGCUGAGAAGGACUGCAGAGAGCUCAGCGGCCAUCUGACCAGCGUCACCUCCAGCAUGGAGCAGGACUUCCUCAACGGACUGGGCCAUGAUAAUGUGUGGAUUGGGCUGAAUGACAGAACAGUGGAGGAAGAUUUCCAAUGGACUGACAACGUGGACCUGGUAUACGAGAACUGGCGCGAGAACCAGCCGGAUAAUUUCUUUGCAGGUGGAGAAGAUUGCGUAGUGAUGAUCUCUCGUGAGGACGGCAAGUGGAACGACGUGCCUUGUAACUACAACCUGCCCUACAUCUGCAAGAAGGGCACAGUGAUGUGCGGCACUCCUCCUGCUGUAAGAAACACGUAUCUGGUGGGUCGGAGGCGGGCGCACUACGACAUCCACUCAGUGGUGCGUUACCAGUGUGAAGACGGCUUCUUCCAGAGACACGUCCCAACGGUGUGCUGCCGACCCAACGGCACCUGGGAGAGACCCAAGAUCGUCUGCACCAAGUCACGGAGGUCUCACCGUUACCGCCGGCAACAUCACAGAUAUCACCACGAGCACCGGCGACAUCGCAGACACGGCUCUGGCCACAGGGGGCGGGACUAGAUCCACCGGUGUCCGCCCACAGGUCCCCGUGCGAUAUUACUUCCUUUGACGGAAGCGAGAGGGCCUUCAAGGACAGAAAUGGUCAUGCCUAUUUUUUUCCGCCUCACUCGUUCUCUUUCCCUAGAGUCUUUCUCUUCUCGCAAAAGAAUGUGUUUCGACUCAUCCUUUCUCUGUGCGCGUUUUCCU